GUAUCUUCACAGUAUUCACUUCUCGCGAUCGAUAAUACCACGACAACAACAAACACCAUAUAAAUCUCCGAUUUACGCAAUUGCACAAUCAGGAUCGCGCCCACGUAUAAUUGGCCGGAGCCGGAUUUUCGAAUAACAUUUUCAGGAACCUGAAGAAUACUCUAUCGUUAAAUUACCGCGUUCGAUGCCAAAAGUGAAGGGUGUUGCGUUACGUGGGUUAGUGGAAUCGGACGACGAGGCGGCGGAUAUCCUGGGGGAGGAUACGGUGGUUGGCGCGAAAAUGGCUCCAGCGAAAACCCGCACGACCGGUGCGAAAGGAGCCGCCAAAGCAACCCAGAACGCGACGCGUCAGACGAGUGGUAAGACAGCUGCUUCGAAAGCGCUAGCGCGAAAGGUUUUGGCUGAUAAACCGGCAAAUGUUCAAGAUAAACCCAUGCGAGGAAAAGGCAAAAAGCGAGCAGCGCCAGAAGAAACUACGCCAGCAGUAGACGAUGAGGACGACGAGAUUUCGAUGGCUGUAGAGGAAAAGCCUAAGGGCGGCAGAGGACGCCCAAGAGCCGCUAAGGCCGCGAAAAUAUCCAACGAUUCGGACAUAUCGACCGUAAACCAACCAGAGCCCGCAGCUCAACCGACUGGCAAAAGAGGGCGUAAGCCAAAAGCAAAAGAUAACACCCCGCCCCCCGAGAAAGAAAUACCCGAAACACAGCCUGCCGAGCGUGAAAUUCCAGAAACACAAGCAGUUGAGACGACGGAGUUAAGUGUCGAAGAGCAUGAUCGGAUAGAAGACUUACCUUCUCACCAACCCGUACUCUCAUCCAUUCAACGUCCUCAGUCACGAGAUCUUUUCGGUACAGAUCGAAGAGGGGUCUCGGCAUCAGAUUCGGACGAACCAGCAAUGAGAAGGCGAGUGGGAGAUCUGACUAGAAAAUAUGAGAGUUUAGAGGCGAAGUACCGAGACCUACGAGAGAUUGGUGUUAAGGAGGCGGAGCGCAACUAUGAUCUACUUAAAAAGCAAUCAGAGGAUAAAGCUAAUACCGCCAAUCAGCUUAUCGCGACUUUGAAAGCACAAUUAUCUACUCAGACUGAGUUGGCUAAAGAAACACAACGCCUAAAACAACAAUUAGAAGCCAGUCAAACUAAAGUAGAAGAGCUACAAAACAAGGUUGACGAUACCAAUGCUUCUUUAACUGGAGCGAAGACAGAAAUUAAGACACUCACUACGAAGUUAUCCGCUGCUCGAUCCGCCGAAACAGUGACAACGAAGGUUCCAGGCAGUGCUAUAAAAGGAAACAACAAUCUUAACAACCGACUUCUCGCUAAUGCCGAGGCGUCUGCACAUAUAGCACAGAUGAAGGAAGACCUAUAUGGGGACUUGACCGGUUUGAUCGUUCGCGGUGUUAAGCGAGAAGAGAAUGGAGGCGAUACAUAUGAUUGCAUCCAGACGGGUAGAAAUGGGACUCUCCAUUUCAAACUUGCUGUGGGCUGCGACGAGACAUCAGAAAACCCCGAUGAGCCUCAAUUCGUAUACAUGCCCCAACUCGAUCCAAACCGUGACGAAGACUUAGUCGAUAUGUUACCCGAUUAUCUUAUAGAGGAGAUUUCUUUUCCCCAAUCCCACGCAGCAAGAUUUUAUGCACGUGUCAUGAGGUCCUUGACAGAGCGUCCAGAAUAAAUGUUGUCGUAGGUGAUAA